GCUCGGCUCCCGUGACGGCAACCUCGCCCUCGGCAAGAAGUUGUGCCUUUGCCGGGAACACUGACACCUGCAUGUCGGCUUCCCUCUCUCCUGCUGCAUGCACAUGACAGAUUGCGGAUGUUGUGCACACAACCGGAAUUCGGCGAAGCUGCCCAGCAGGGUGUUAGCAAAACGCAAUCUUCUACGCGCUCUGCGACGAGAUGGGGUUGGAGGAAGGAGCAUAUAAUGCCAUGACCUCGACCGGAUAGACCAGUCGACUUUAACCUCAGCAGUCACAACCACAGGCAUCGAGGAAGCAGAGUACUCAAGACACCGUUCCACCGCAACACUCCAGGAAUCCAAAAGCUCGAUUUUCACCCAUAAAUUCAAAAUGUUGGGCAGCAUUCUUCCCUUCGACGAGGAGACGGCCGACCGCGUCAGCGGGUACUGUGAGGACCGGUCCCUCCAGAUCCCCGAGACCCUGGCCGAGCACUGGGAGUGGACCCGCCGGCACUUCCCCGAUGCCGACAAGAUGUCCAGCCGUCUUCAAGGCUCGUGGAUGAUCUUCACCGCCAAGGACCGCAAGCCAAAGCGAGUCCUGGAGAUCGGCUGCUACUCCGGCUACAGCGCGCUGGCCUGGUACGAGGGCACCAGGGACACGCAGGCCGAGAUCGUGACGCUGGAGCUCAGCCCCAAGAUGAUUGCCGCCUCCCGCAAGGCCUUCGAGAAGUACGGCGUCGGUGACCGCGUCAGGCUGAUCGAGGGUCCCGCUGAGCAGACGCUCAAGGGCCUGACGGGCGAGUUUGAUCUCGUCUUCGUCGACGCCAACAAGGACGGCUACGCCACGUAUGUGAAGACCAUCCUGGACCAGAAGCUCCUGUCCCCGAACGGUAUCAUCCUCUGCGACAACGUCUUUGCCCGCGGCCUCUCGGUUGGCCCGGACUGCGCCCCCUGGCUCAACGACCACGUUCGCCCCUACUGGCUGGGCUGCGGCCAGGCACUCAAUGAGUUCAACUCGAACCUGGUCAAGGACCCGCGUGUCGACGUUCUGCUGCUGCCCGUGUUCGACGGUGUUACCCAGAUUCGGUGGAAGGACCCGGCGAAGAGGGAGUAGACUACGAUCCAAGGCCGAUGUACCUUAGAUGCCCUUCGGCUUCCGGUUGGGGUUAUGGGAUAGGGCUUGCAAAGUAGUACAGAGCACAUAACUAAAAGGUCAAUAGUCAGAGUCAAUUUGCGUUGUAC